ACCAAAAAAAAUAUAACCCUCUUCUCCUAGUUCCUUCUCAAAAACUCCCUUUUUUUUAUGAAAGAGAGUUAAUCUCUCUGCUACUACUUUUCCUUUUUAUUAUUAUUGUCUCCUAUUGUUUCGUUCUUAUUUAAAUUUUUAUGGCUCUUCUCACUUUCUUACCGGAGACGGCGGCGGAACCCAUGACAGUGAAACCGCCGUCCAAGCGUAGAAAAAACCAGAUACAAAAGCAAAAGCAACCGUCUUCAUGGGACCAAAUCAAGAAUUUGCUCAGUUGCAAACAGAUCCAAGGGUCGAAAGUUCAUGAUCCUUCCAAGAAUAAUCAGCAUGGGUACUCAAAGCUGGGUUCCUCUUGCAAGUCCAUCUGUAGCUUCAAGGACGUUGUUCAUGGCAACUCGAGGAGAGUUGUUGACAGAGCUGAUAACUCGCCUGAGAGUAGCACAGUUGGUCAAGAAACUGGGUUACCGAGACGCAAAGCUGCAAAUAGCUCGUCAACCCGGUCGUUGUCGGGGUCAACAAGAUCUAAUAAUAACAGCACAACUUACACGUCAUCUUCAUCCAGAGCUAUGCAAUUCAGGAAGUUUUCUGGGUGUUACGAGUGCCAUAUGAUAGUUGACCCUAGCAGGUACCCGUCAUCAAGAACAACAAUUUGUGCCUGCUCACAGUGCGGAGAGAUCUUCCCAAAGAUUGAAAGCUUGGAGCUUCAUCAAGCUGUUCGCCAUGCAGUUUCGGAGUUGAGCCCAGACGAUUCGGGCCGGAACAUCGUAGAAAUUAUCUUCAAAUCGAGCUGGCUUAAGAAGGGUAAUCCAAUCUGUAAGAUCGAACGGAUACUGAAAGUCCACAACACCCAACGCACCAUCCAACGGUUCGAGGACUGUCGCGACGCAGUGAAAACGCGUGCUCUUAACAGCACCAAAAAGAAUCCCAGGUGUGCAGCCGACGGAAACGAACUCCUCCGGUUCCACUGCACCACAUUGUCGUGUUCCCUCGGAGCACGUGGAUCCUCCAGCUUGUGCGGUUCGAUCCCGGGUUGCGGAGUCUGCACCAUAAUCAAACAAGGGUUCCACAACAAAGGUGGAGGUGUCGCCGCAGCAGCAGAAUCCAAAGGAGUCUGCACUACGGCUAGCAGCGGCAGGGCCCACGACUUUCUUAAAUGUACGGACGGGCGGAUGGCCAUGCUUGUUUGCCGUGUGAUCGCGGGAAGGGUGAAGAGAGUGGCGGAUGAUGCGCCGCCUUUGGAGGAGGAUAAUAGCAGCAGCUUUUCGGUUUCGACUGGCUCGUACGAUUCUAUAGCAGCAUACACCGUCGUCUACUCCAACCUGGAAGAGUUGGUUGUCUUCAACCCAAGGGCUAUCCUUCCUUGUUUCGUAGUCAUCUACAAAACACUAGAAUCUUAACUCAAUUGAAGCCAGUUAUCUAAGUAUGGACAUCAUUUUCUCAGAAUUAUCAAAAUCAAACCAUCAACCUUAACCGUGUACAUAUGUUUAGAUCUUACGUCGUUGUCGUGGCACAUAAGAUCAAAACCUAUGUUUUUUUUUUUUUUUGGAAAUAAAUUGGAUUUCAAUGUU